AUGCACCUAAAGGCCCAGCACAUGCUCUUUGAGUGCGUCAGCCUCCGUAAGUCACUCAACGCUCCACUCCUCCCUCAAAAUAGAAAGCGGAAGGAUCAGGAGGAUGACGAUGAGGAUGACAAGUCAGGGACUCAGGAUUUCCAAGACCCAAAGAAUGUCAUCAACGUCAUCUUCGGUGGAGACGGCAGCUUCCCCUUGAAGCGCGCGCAGAAGCUGAUCCUGCAUGAAAUCCUCUCUGUAGAGACCGCCGCCAUACAAAAGCCUCAGAGAUACAGCGAGGUUCCGAUCUCCUUUUCCAGGGAUGAUCAGUGGACCAGCUUCUCUGAGCUGGGAAAAUUCCCGCUCAUCGUAGAUCCUGUUGUGGCGGGCUCACAGUUGACCCGAGUACUCAUCGACGGCGGGAGCGGCCUCAACCUGCUCUUCGCGAGUACUCUAAAGAAGAUGGGGUUGGACAUUUCCAAGAUGUUCACCCCUAGCAGAGCUUCGUUCUACAACACUGUCCCGGGAAAUGCAGCUCCACCACUCGGUUCAAUGGUCCUGCCAGUCAACUUUGGGACGAAGAACAACUACCGCACGGAGUACAUCAAGUUCGAGGUGGCUGACUUCGAGUCAUCAUACCACGUCAUCCUCGGUAGACUAGCACUGGCCAAGUUCAUGGUUGUGCCUCACUUCGUCUACCUGAUUCUCAAGAUGCCAAGCAAGACAGGCGUACUCAUGUUCCGCGGUGACUUGAAGAAAUCGACUGCGACCAAGAGGCGAUCGAGUACACCAUGA